UAUCAAACCUGUUUGUCCAGUCAGUCAUGCCGCAGCACCUGUGGGAGGGACAGAUCUGUCCGGACACCCGCUCUAGGGACUGUCGCGGACUAUCGUUCGCUGUGGCACAAUAGUAUUCUUGUGUGGGAUCUGUGUUGAAUGACUUUGGGAGAGACGGAGACAAAUUCACCAAACAGCCUCUGUUCAACACAUAUCGUAAUCUGGAGAUCCUAAAGAUAACAGGAACGAAGUGAGGGCAUGGCAGCUCGUGUGGACGUGCCCUCUGGUGAGGUGGGCCAAGCAGGAGAUGUAGGUGUCAAGCCUGAGCUUGGCCCCAAACCUUGCCUGAUUCCCAAACCCUUUUCACUGCAGAGGAACAACACAUUCCGCUCCAUCCUAGCCCCAAAGACACCCACAACCAUUCCACAGCAAUCUCAGACCACGCCCACUACCUCCAGCAAACCAGAGCCUUGUCAGCCUAUUAGUGCCCCUGUGUCUGACUCAAGCAGCGUUGUGAAACUUGAUGCAGAGAGCACCACGAUACCUGAACUGACCAAUGCUCUCGAAGUUCCUUCAGCCAUAACACCCAAAACCGAAUCGACCCACACUACUGAACAAAACCAAACUGUUCUUUCCACAUCCCUUACUACCCCAAAAUCUGAGCCACCAGCUAGUACCACAUCUGACCCAACUGGAACCUCAGAGGCAAAUCAAGUCAGUCUAUCUGAACUGGACGAACAUGGUCCCUCUGAUACAGGCCACUCCGCCACAGGAACUGAGGCUGUACCAUCACCAUCAGUCACCUCAACUCCUCUUCAACCGCAGUCUGAAAACACUGUGAGUGAGCCCACCCCUGCGGUCGUCAGGCGCCAUGCUGGGAAGGAUCAGGCAGCCCACUUGGGAGGAGGCAGGAAGCGGCUGUCCAUGGAGCUCACCUCCAGGUUUGAGUUGGCCGGCCUCUCACUCCCCUCACAGCCACCAGCUAACCAGGAACGGGAACAGGUGACCAUGAGAGAGACUGCAGUCCCCAAAGUGUCAGUCCUCAGGGCGAAAGAGGAAGAGAAGGUCACUAAUUCACCAGGGUCACCGUCUGACCCGGAGUGCAGACUCAAGCACUCAACACCACUGAAGGAAGAGAGGGAUGGAGAAGGGGUGAAGGAGGAAGGAGAAAAGAAAGGGAGCAGCAUACAACAGAGGAUCAGUCUGCUGCUGGACUCCUCCUCGAGGCCAGAGGCUCUGACCAAUAGGGAGGAAGUACCUCAUCCAAUGAAACAAGCAGUCAGUUCUGGUGGUGUGAAACAGCGGAUCAAAGACUGGGCAGCAGACACACCUCCUGUUCAGGCAUCCAAUCAGAGGGUGGAUGUUGCCCCUCAACCAUUCCCUGUCAGAGUUCACCCUGUGUUGACUGCCACUGUGGGGUCGUUGGCGACAAGCAAAAGUGUUCAGUUAGCUCCUCGAGAGGACAAGGCUUCCACCCUACUUCACGCUGGACAUUCUGGGAUAGAAGAUGAGGAGGAGGAUGAUGAAGAGGAGGAUGAGGAAGAAGAGGAGGGAGAUAAGGAGGAGGACGUGGUACCACUCUACAAAACAGUAGGGAUGCUUCUUGGACAGGAAGAUGGAGAGGAAAAACAGGAGCUAGUGGUUGAUCAAAUAGGGAAAGAGAUGGAGGCUAAGGUGAAAGAGGAGGAAAAACUUGCAGAAGUGGAUAAAUUAAAACAGCUAGAACUAGAAGAGAGACAGGCAGAAGAUGAGAGGGAGAGAGAAAGACAAAAAGUAGUGGAGAGGGAAAUGAAGAGACAGAGAGAGGAGGAGAGGGAUAGGGAGAGACAGAGACAGGAGGAAGAGAGAAAGAGGGAAGAAGAGGAGGAGAGAAAAAGACAAAGAGAAAUGGAGAGGGAAAUGAAGAGACAGAGAAAGGAGGAGAGGGAUAUGGAGCGACAGAGACAAGAGGAGAGGGAUAGGGAGAGACAGAGAGAGGAGGAGAGGGAUAGGGAGAGACAGAGAGAGGAGGAAGAGAGAAAGAGGGAAGAAGAGGAGGAGAGAGAAAGACAGAUUGAACUUGAGAGGGAAAUGGAGAGACAGAGAGAGGAAGAAGAGAGAAAGAGGGAAGAAGAGGAGGAAAGAAAAAGACAAAAAGAAAUGGAGAGGGAAAUGAAGAGACAGAGACAGAGAGAGGAGGAAAGGGAUAGGGAGAGACAGAGAGAUGAAGAAGAGAGAGAGAGAAAGAGGAAAGAAGAGGAGAGAGAAAGACAGAUAGAACUUGAGAGGGAAAAGGAGCGACAGAGAGAGGAGGAGAGGGAUAGGGAGAGACAGAGAGAUAAAGAAGAGAGAGAGAGAAAGAGGAAAGAAGAGAAGGAGAGAGAAAGACAGAUUGAACUUGAGAGGGAAAAGGAGCGACAGAGAGAGGAGGAGAGGGAUAGGGAGAGACAGAGAGAUAAAGAAGAGAGAGAGAGAAAGAGGAAAGAAGAGAAGGAGAGAGAAAGACAGAUUGAACUUGAGAAGGAAAGGGAGCGACAGAGAGAGGAGGAAGAGAGCGAGAGAAAGAGGAAAGAAGAGAAGGAGAGAGAAAGACUGAUAGAA